AUGUCAGCAGAAAUCCCCGACCUUCGUAUCUACGCUACCGUAUUCUAUUCCGAUCGUUCUUUACAGUACCGGGCUACUGUAUUCGUGUAUCUUUUAGCAACACAAUUGAAUUUUCUACUGCUUUAUUUAAUUUGGGCACAAUCAAAACCUGAACGAGUUUCCAUUAAAGUUUUGCCAUUUUGGUAUCAUAUGUCGUUGUAUUCGUGUGAAGUUCAGCUAGGCGUUUUUGGAGGAAUGGUCACUUUAUACCCAUUCGCAGCGGCUUAUUCUCAGGAGGUUCAGCGCAAAAAAUCUACCUACUUUUACAUCUAUAUUUUUCUCGCCAUUUUUAUAUAUUUUCCUGUUCCACUUGCAAUGUUCUCAAACUACAGUACCCCUCAGGAAAUGGAAAAUUUUGUGAGAAUCAAAUAUCCGAACAAUUUACAAAUCUUGGACCAUCCUGGAUUUUUUAUUUUUACCAAUUCCAAAAAUGAAAGAUUGACUUACUUUGGAUUAUUUGGAUCGGUAGCUUUCAUACUUUUGAUGAUAACUUUAAUAUAUGCCAGUAUGUAUUUGGAAACUAAACAGAAUGCUAGUAAUGUACAAAGUUUUGGAAAUAUAAAAGAGCGAUUGAAAGGAUUACAAAAUUUUGUGACUCAGUCAAUUAUAAUGUGUAGUUUAACCACAAUAUCCACUAUAUUAAAUUUGCAAACAAUUUUCAACGACCCAUCGGAAGAUUCUAGAAUUCAGAAUUUAUUUGCAUACUCAUUUUUAUGCGGUACUACAAUUCCUGCUCAACUUUCAAUGAUUUGGAGGAAUCCAGCCUAA